UUGGUGCGAGACGCAGCCGAUGUGGGCAGCAGACGACGCCAACGGCGAUUUACGCGUGGGAAGCAGUCCGGUGGCGCCGCCCCGCGCCCUUCUGACGAGUCUUCGCAGAAGCGCUCCUGGCGUCCGGAAGUUGAGCAGCCAGCAGGAUGGAGCGCGAGACCAAGCACACUUCCUGUAAUUGCCUGGAUUUUAACAAAAUGGCCAAGGUGAAGAAAGUGGUCGACGAAGCUCGGGAAACGAACAAUCCCGAACUGGACCUGGUCGACCGGGGCAUCACUUCAAUCGAAGAGAUCCCGGGGCUCUUUUCCCUGGCCAAUUUGACGAGGUUGACCCUGAGCCACAACAAGAUCAGAGUUGUUCCUGCCAGCAUAGCAAACUUGUACAACUUGGAGAUCCUGACUCUGUGCAAUAACCACAUCGUUGAAUUGCCCUCGUCGAUCUCGACAAUGCCAAAGCUCAAGAUCCUCAACUUGGGAAUUAACCGGCUGAGCAGCCUGCCGAGGGGCUUUGGGGCGUUUCCGGUGCUCGAGGUCCUCGACCUCACCUACAACAACCUCAACGAGCAGUCGCUCUCCAACAACUUCUUCAUCAUGGACACUCUACGGGCUCUCUACCUCGGUGACAAUGAGUUUGAGAAGAUUCCCCCAGCCAUUGGUCAGCUCAAGAACCUUCAAAUUUUGUCCGUUCGGGAGAACGACCUGGUGGAGCUUCCCAAAGAGCUGGGUCAACUGUCACGCCUCAGGGAGCUGCACAUCCAGGGCAAUCGCCUGACCCUCCUGCCCCCAGAGCUGGGCAACCUGGACCUGGCAAGCCACCGGUGCGUGGUGCGGAUGGACGACAACCCCUGGGUGGCACCCAUUGCCGACCAGCUCCAGAUCGGCGUGUCCCACGUCGUGGAGUACAUCCGCAGCGAGACGUACAAAUACGUGUACGGUCGCAACACCCACAGCAGCCUGUCUCCUCCUCCAAAGAAGGGGGACAAGAACAAGAAAGUGAGCAAAAAGAGAGACCACAACUAGCACUGCCCAGGCACCAACCAGUCCAGGACAACAACUCUUGGCAGGUUUGGAAACAUACUGCCGUAGGUUGAGUUUUGUUUGUGUAAUGCAUAAAGCUUCAUUUGUUAUGUCGAUAGAGCAAAUACUCUCUCAUGGCAAUGCGUGCCUAAUGGAAAACAAACUGCUCUCUGAUGCACAUACAAGCAGUCUUUGUGUGUGAGCGACUAGACAGAGCAAGUUAAAGGAAGAUCUUGUUUGCUUUGUUUAGCUGCUGAUCUCUUCUGUUUCUUGUUAUAGAAUAAACAAAGCUUGUCCAUACCAGUUCCUAAAGCUUUAUGGUAAAGUAAGCAGUUGAAGACACAUAGAAUAGUUUGAGGCCUCAUAUGGUUGUUGUCUGCAACAGUGCCCAGCAUGAUUGCUGCAUGUCGACGAUAGCUUAAACUUGUUACAGGCUUUGCUAAGAGCUUUCAAGUCUACUUUAGAAUGAAAUGUAUGGCACUGUUGGAGCACAAUAUCUUGCCCAUUUUUAGCCACUUCAAAUAUGAAGCAUUUACCUGAAUUUUUCUCCACUUUUAGACUUCAUCGAUGGCUAACAGCUUUAUUUCAUUGUUUCCUAUUAGUAAGCAUGGCCUGUCUAGCUUUAAAUUGAUUGUUUCUCAUGUUUCUACUAUGUCACCCAGGCUGUUAGAUCUGUCAAAGAUUGAUGAUUUCUGGUGAGUGUGGUUUCCAUAGAGUAGUGCCCGGUCUGAUUAGCGCUAGUGUGAGAACAUGAGAACAAGCUGUAAAUCUAAUUUGACCUUCGGUUAGUACUGGUGCUGGCUUUCAUUUCUGUAUGCAUUGCUGCGUACCAUUUCCCCAGUUUAAAGGACAGGUCUUUCAUGGUGUUGCUUUCAAGGAGGCUUUCAAGUAAAACUUUUCGAGAAUCGGCCCUGGUAUUCCUAUGAAAUACUUCUGCAUACUCGGCUUGCUGCUACUACUUGUGCUUUCAUAGUACAGGGUUAAGAAAAUACACUUUUUUAUAUAAGGCCUGUACAUUGAAGGCCAAAUAGCUUUUUAUGAAAAGCUAUAAGUCAGGCAUUGUCAUUUAAGAAGCAUGAAUAAAAAAAGAAAUUUCUAAAGUUGUAGAUGUAUAGUUCAUAGUUAUAAGCGAUGAUCAUUUGUGCCUUUUGAGAGCCUGAAAGUCUGCUGCCUUCCAUGAAAAGAUUAGCUACAGAUUCUAUUUUCUGGCAUGGAUUGUAUUCAUACGUUGUUGACAUUGUCUUCCGGAAGCGCCUGUGCCAAAACUUAACUGUUAUUUGUUAUGGAGGUACUUUCUGGCAUUUGUUACUUCCCAGGCUUGCCUUAGGCUUGCAGUUUCAAUAGAAACCAAAUGGGCACGCACAUGUCCACUCAAGAAAGUGGGCAUCUUUCGGACUGUUUUCUUCAUACUCCUGUAAUCUAUACAAAAAUACUACUGGAAUGAAUAGCCGUAGCUUUUUAUGAAAACAGUCACACAGCUGUGUGUGGCACCUUAACUUAUGUAUUUAAUACCUGUACUUUAGUUUUUGCUUAUGUGCUGUUUUGCUGCACAUGCUUGACCCUAGUGUGCUUAUAUGCACUUCAUCUAGCUUCAGCAACUGUUUUAUACUCUGAAGUGUGAAUAGCUCUUUGUUUAAGCUUGAGUAUGGCUUUUGAGGACCCCAGCUAGGAAUUUCUUGUGCAUUUUAGAAUUGUGAAUUUGUUUCUCGUGCCUCUUCAGAUAGCCAAAUGUAGUUGUUUUUUUAUUUACCUUGGACAAAUCAUCCCUAUAUUGUGCUGCGCUAGUGGAUACCUAGGCUUUUUCUACGAGGUGCAUAUUGUGUGAGACAUAAAGUCGAUGAAAAUGUACAGGCUUGAUUCAAUAUCUUUUUUUUUUUAGUUGGGGUUGCCAUAUUUUAUGCAAUAUAUUUUAGAAUGAGAGUGAUGAUAAAACAUGUAUCGUCACAAAAGUGCCUGAAUAUAGAAACAUUGAUGCUGUUUGCUUGUGCUCUGCAUUUUUAUUUGAUCUGCUGUGUUUACUAGUCUUGCAUAUGAAAUAAAUAUUUAAGCUAUUA